AUGCCUUCGUCGUUCGGCCGCAAGUGCGAGCUCUCGACGCACCUGCGCCGCCUCAAUCUGUCGCAUAACCGAUUCACCAAGUUCCCCGAACGCACGCUGUCGCCGCUGGUCAACCUCGAGUUCCUCAGCCUCGCCGACAACGGGCUCACCGAGAUCCCCUUCUCGCUGUUCCAGCUCACCAACCUCCUCGAGCUCGACCUGGGCAACAACAAGCUCAAGUCCUUCCCCACCAAGAUCAUCGAGGGGGCCACCGGCGGCAACAAGGACGAGAGCAACAGCCACCUGGGCCUGGCGAAGUUGAAGCGAUUGCAUAUCUUCAACCUCGACAACAAUCCGGACCUCCGCACGCUCCCGCUCGAGAUGUUCGCCCUGGGCAGCUCGCUCUGUCGGCUGAACCUGCGCGCGGUCGGCCUCUCCGUCCUGCCGUCGAUGAAUUUCUCGUAUGUGACCAAGGCGCUGGGCAACGUCAACUUCACGUCCCUCACCAACCUACAGAUCCUCGACCUCUCGCACAACCGAAUCAAAGGUAAACUUUAG